AGAUGAGUCUCAGUGAAUUUGUGGAGCAGGAUGCUGAAUCAGUUCCACUGUUGGUCCAUAGAGGGCGCAGCAAUCCCAGUACAGUACAACCCUGUGUAAUGAACUGAACCGGAGCUGAAGCUCAGCUGCCGUAAUGACGCGGUGGAUAUACGAGGCUUUGCUCCUCAUCUCUAAGGGGACAAACAACACUGUCCUGUUCUCAAAGAACGACACGGAGACACCUUAACUUACACACACGAACGGAAACAGACUGGUCUGUUAAGAACGGGAUAGAAAGACUAAUGACGCAUAGAUUGUCUCCGUCUAAUGCAUUUGCUGUAUAUCCACAGGAGCGCUGAACAGCAGAGGAGCAGCGCAGGCAGGUGAAUUUCCUCACUGCAUUAGUGGAGGCAGGCAGAUCUGCGGGAGAACCAUGGUGCCAUCAGGGAGACUGAUUCCUCUAGCCUUCUACUGAGACUGAACUACACACAGUGACACAGUGAUCGGGGGGGGGGUUUGAUGAUAUCACCAUGAAGGAUACAGGAGAAUCGAAAGACCACCAACUAACAGUGGCUUUGCGAAUUCGGCCUCUGAACGAUGCCGAGAUAGAAGAAGGGGCUGCGAUAGUAGCUCACAGAGUAGACGACCAGAUGGUAGUGUUGAUGGACCCUCUGGAGGACCCAGACGACAUCCUGCGAGCCCACCGUUCCAGGGAGAAAACGUAUAUGUUUGAUGUGGCCUUUGACUACACAGCCACACAGGAGGAGGUAUACAGGGCCACUACAAAAGGGUUAAUCGAAGGCCUUAUAUCGGGAUACAAUGCUACUGUGUUUGCCUAUGGACCCACAGGUUGUGGGAAGACCUACACCAUGUUGGGCACAGAUAAGGAGCCUGGCAUCUAUGUCCGCACUCUUAACGACUUGUUUAAAGCUAUUGAAGAGACGAGUGAUGACAUGCAGUACAGUGUGUCCAUGUCUUACCUGGAGAUCUAUAAUGAGAUGAUCCGGGACCUGUUGAAUCCAUCUUCUGGCUUUCUAGAUCUGAGGGAGGAUUCAAAGGGGGAGAUCCAGGUAGCUGGAAUCACAGAGGUCUCCACUGUUAAUGCCCGUGAGAUCAUGGAAUUGUUGAUGAAGGGGAAUAAGCAGCGGACUCAGGAGCCGACAGCAGCUAAUCAGACAUCCUCGCGCAGUCAUGCUGUACUACAAGUGGCAGUAAGGCAGCAGAGUCGCUGCAGAGAUGUCCUACAGGAGGUCCGCUUUGCUCGCCUCUUUAUGAUCGAUCUUGCUGGCUCUGAACGUGCUGCACAGACACAAAACAGGGGACAAAGGCUGAAGGAAGGAGCUCACAUAAACAGGUCUCUUUUGGCACUGGGAAACUGUAUCAAUGCUCUGAGUGAGAAAAAUGGCAACAAAUACAUCAACUACAGAGACAGCAAGCUGACACGACUGCUUAAGGACUCUCUUGGUGGGAACAGUCGAACAGUAAUGAUAGCUCAUAUAAGUCCUGCAUCAUCUGCCUUUGAGGAGUCGCGUAACACUUUGACUUAUGCCGAUCGUGCCAAAAGCAUCCGCACACGGGUAAAGCGAAAUUUGCUGAACGUGUCCUACCACAUUGCCCAGUACACCAGCAUUAUCGCAGACCUGCGCAGCGAAAUUCAGAGACUGAAGAAGAAGAUCGCUGAACAGUCUGGUCGUCAGAGCACUGCUGACAGAACAGACAUACGGCAUGUGCAGGCGGAGGUCCAGGCUCAUUCCACACAGAGUCGUGCUGAGAUGGACCAUCUGCGGGAACAGCUAAUUGAAGCCUUCAGACAGCAGAUGGAGAUCAGAAAACGGCUAAUGGAGCUGGACAACACGAACAUGGAGAUCCAGAUUGACACAUCUAAACACCUAUUAACCAUUGCAGACUGGGAGCAGGAACGCAGCAGGCACCGCAGGAAGUGGCAGGGUGAACGGAGGAAAGAGAGUUUUAACAAGGACGAGAGUGAGAAGGACUCAGACACUCCGGAUUCUCCUCCAGACAGCACCGAGACUCAGGACGUGGCCAUGGCCAGGGAGAAUUUGGUCACGCUCAUGGCUGAGCAGAAAAAAAUACGCAAACAAAAGGCUGGGUUGGAGCGCCUCCUAGUGGAGCUGCGUGAAAGAGCUCGGCGUUUGGAGGAACUGUUGCCAUGCAGGGUGAGCUCAGAGGAGCAGCGGGAGGUCCUGGGACUCCUCUGUAAGGUGCACGAGCUGGAGAUUGAGAAUGCAGAGAUGCAGUCGCACACACUUCUUAAGGACAACGUCAUUCGCCAGAAGGAUGUGGUGGUGCAACGAUUUGAACAGCACAGGCAGCUGUGCCAUGAGAUCAUCCAGCAGCAGCGGCAGUUCAUCAACAAUCACAGUUUGCUGGUGCCUCCACAACUUCAGGAGCUGUAUGAUAUUUACAUUAGACAGGUGGAUGAAAGAAAUCUGGAUCGAGUCGUAGCUUUAGACAAAGUCACCAUCCAUACCCUGAAGGAGGGUUCUCUGCCCAAGAUUGCUCUCCCUAGCAAAGGACGGGACCACUUGCAGGAGCUUGAUUCAGAUCAGGAGAGUGUUCGGACACUGGGGUCAGAAACCAGACAAGGAAGGGUCAAAGUGCGGAGACACACGUUGCCACCCAUUUUACCUGAGCCUGAUAGUGAAAGUAACCGUGUGUUUAAGAGCAGCCCACAUGCAAAGCAGAUAAAGAACUCUGUGGUCAUGACACCACCACCAAUUCACAUCAAUGGACAGGGCAAUCGAGAGCUGUUGCCGAGUGCUUUAGAUGGCGCUCUGAGCUACAGUCUCUUGAGCCACAGUGUGAGCAGCCAACUGGAUUCUUCACCUGAGAGCAGUGAGAAUGGAACUGAGGCUCCUCUUACUCCUAAAGAGAGGCAACAAAUUCUACGAGGUGUGCACAGCAUUGCUGUGAAAGCAGCACGACGGCGUUCAAAAGUGCUGGAGAUUGAUGCCCUGCGUGUUCCUCCUCCUCCCUUAUCUCUGGACUCGAAAAAAAAUAAAACUACACUGUAUUUAAGCAAUGCACCUUUGAAAAGGCUGGUGCUGCGUCGCGGUCGGCAGCCAAGCCCAGAACUCCGCCAUGCCACAUCCGAUGACAAUCUGUCGAGCAGCACAGGCGACGGCCCUGUCCCGAACAGCACCUGGACACGACCCAGGAACCGCCAGGCUGUGCCCAAAAACACUGGCCCACGGGAACAGGACUUUGAGGCUCGCAGACGUAAAAGAAGAUCUCGCUCCUUUGAGGUGACUGGACAAGCUCUAACUCAGGGGAAGACCACGAGCCAACGUUUCCGUCCUCUUGAUAGCACUUCUGACCCACACCUACACAUUAACGGUCAGCCUCCUGCUCCCCUCCUGCGUCCUCAGCAUAGAGCUCCGGUUCAGCCUGGCAAAGCACGACCCUCCCACACCAACCACCAGACAGGUUCAACAGCAGAUGCUCCUUUGGUGAACCUCCCCUCCCAGUUUAGCAAUGUUAAGCAUGGCCCCCAAACCAGGCAGCCUCAGCCCCUCCUCUACAUCACCUCCACUGGUGCUGGAGGUCAUCGCACUCGCAAACACUGAGGACUCUUUUAUUUACUCAACAACAAAGUCUGCAUUUGGAGAAGGAUUCAAUAUGCCCCCUGACACUUUGAGACUGGAAUCCAAGACACAACAUUUCUCUUCAUCCCAAUGCCUGUGCUAUACAUAAAUAUGCCUGUGUCAGAAUCAAAGAGAGAGGAACCUGGCUGUUGCCUUGCGCUGGCAAUAUACAGACUGGGUCAUAUGUGCUCAAAGCUUAUCUCUGGCUUGUAGCACACCAGUGCUUUUGAUAAUUUGCAAAUUCACUGAAAUAUAAAUUGACAUACACUGAUUGUUUUGGACUUGGAUUCAGAAAAUAUAGAACUUUUAAAAAUCUAUACCCAACAUAAAAAAGAAACGAAAUGCUUGUUUAAGCUGAGUUAUUUUGACAGAGGUUGUAAUCCUGCAUCUAAUGCUUUUGGAUUUAGUGUGUGAUCAUGCCUUUUGGCAUGUGUAUUAAUUUGAUUCUGGGAAAUCAUAAAAAGCACCUUCAAAAAACGCAAUUCAGUGUAAUUAAGCUGAAUGUUAACCUUUUUUACGAACCCGGGUAUGGGAAUUACAUGAGUUUUAGGGAACAGUAUAUUUUGCAGGUCUCUCGUUUGAAAAAGGGAUGCUCGGUAAACAGUGUUUUCAUUGUCUCACAUGCAGUCAGGGUACGGUUUCUGUGAUUACUGUCAUAGGCUCUGAGCUUUUGUAGAAUUUCGAUUGUCUAAACUCUACUCUGUUCCAUUUGCUUGUUAUUGUUUUAGUCAUCAUUUAGGGUAAAUGUCUAAUAGGAUUUUUCCAUCAUUUGCCUCAAACUGCAUUUUCUCUGUGGACGACAAAUCUUUUGGUAGUUCAGUCACAAGUUUAAUGUUUAUGUAUUUAUCGCAUUCCUGCGCCUCAGAUGAUGGUUUUUAAUCAACCUGCCUUUUCUUUUAUGUUUUGUUUUCAUAUACAUAUGUUCAUAUACUCCUUUUCUACUCUUCAUUUUGUACAUUUUUUUGUAUACAAAUAAAAUUGACUUCAAAAUUG